AUGAAUACUCCAAACAGAGCUGCCGUUGUACAUCCUCAAUACGACGCCCAGUCUACCCAGCAAUUACUCGCUCUUGUUCAACAUCUCCAGGUUACGUCACGGACUAUGGCCAGGCAGACACCGGCUUCCGACCAGAAGAACAGUACCAUCGUCACCGAUAUUGGCGACUAUCUCAUCCAGGCUGCGCAGGCUUGGGCGCAGAUGACGGAUGCUCUGGUGGAAAGCCGGCAGGUUCAGCAAGCAGUAGUUGAUGCGCAUGAACAAGCCAUGGUCAACAAUCAUCUUUCCGAUCUUUCUACUGUCGUCUCCAUGGAUGUUGAUCUCACAAAGCUCUCCGCAAUUCUCACGAGAUGUGCAUCAAGUCUGGCAGAAUGA